GGGGUUGGGAGGGAGAGGAUUUGAUACAUUUCCUUAGUAAUUGCACAUGGGAUAUAUAUUUUUUUAAUUACAUAAAUUUAAACUGGCAGACAGUUAAACAUGAGUGAUUUAGGAUUUUUAUAUGUGGUUAGCCUGGACUUUUUAAACAAAGACCAAUGGAGUCCUUCCCAGUACUCUGGUGGAUUUUUCUCCAGCUAUUACCCUAGUUAUAGUUGUAACUGACAGUGUUUUAUGUGUUUUGUUUUUUUAAGUAAAACCCCCAUCACUGAAAAGAAAAACAAAUUUUUUGGCUCCUGGACUUUGAAAACACAUGGUAGACUGUUCUGAUUUUAAGCAUUUCUGUUGUAGGCAGACAGAAGACUGUGGGUCACAGUAUAGCAUGGCAAAGUCUUGUGGGAGAGGGAGAUUCUAGGGCAAAGCUGGGACAGUGCCUAACGUGGAGGUAGAGUAAUAAUGUACUCAGUGAGGGAAGAGAUCUUGAGGUGUUCUAAGCAACAAUUCUGUCCCCCUGUGCUCCCUCAAGAAAGAUGUUGACCUGGAACUACAGGGAAAAUUGAUGAGGUGUGACCAGGGGCAGCCCUAGCUGUUGCUCCCACCCAGCCCCCUGCUUCCCCCACACAGUGUUAGCUCCAGAGCACCUGCCUGCAGGUCAGGAUGAUAGGAUUUCAUGGAGAACUCCCCCCCCCAACCCACCAAUGCAACCAACCGAAGAGGGAGCUUUACCUGCAGCCAGGGUUUCACAAGCAGCACUUUUAUUCUUCUGCUGUCUGACAUGUAAGCUCCAAGCUCAAAACCCAGCCUGCAUUAUAUACAGCAGAAAGUUAUCUUUAUUUUAAAUCACAUUUGGUAUUCUGUACUUAGUCACUUUUCCAUGUGAUUGGCAUUUGAAAUGUUGUAACUUGGUCAGUAUUUCCAUUAAAAUAUCAGGGCUAAUGUUGUGUACAUAUUUUUUUUCUUCCUAAUGAUUUUAUAGACAAGGACUCUGGCAACCCCAGGAGGAAAAAAGUAAAGCUGCCUGUGGAAUACUAGGUAUGAGAAUGAAAUUGGAGGUCUGUUUCUGGCAUUAGGGCUUCUCUGGACUCUACAGACCUGUACGGUGAAAUUACAGGGAAGAUUCUAUAGGAAUCUUCAAAGCUGUGACCAUGAUCUGCUAUCUCAAAUCUUUGCAGUUUCUGGUGAUGGGCAGGAGUUAGCAACAUGCACAUAAAUUAAAAUGUGUAACAAAGGAAGCUAGGGUCACUGGAGCUUAUCCUUUCUGCUCUUUAACACCAUAUCCUCCAAUCAGUAUGAAAACACGCAUCCCGGGCGGUCUGGCUCUUUCCACGUUAAGCAGACACCAGUUUUUGUGUUCAGGGACGUAGCCUGAGCUAGUGAGUGGUCUCUGAUUGCUGUUUCUGAGGCUGGGUCUGCAGCAGCCAAGGUUUCUGCCCGUUCUGCUGAAUGGUCCGUAGUCUCUGUCCCCGGACCUUUGGGGGCUUUAAUCGUCAAAUUUCCCAUUUUAUCUAGGGAUUUACCCUGUACCCAACUAGCUUGGACGAGAAAGGAGAGCCUCCAAAAUGCAGCUUCUAGUGUUCAACUCCUGGCUCAAAAUUAAGACCAGCUGGGCUUCCAAGAGCCGCCUGUGUUGCAAGAAAAGCUGCCCGUGGCUGGAAGGCGCCCUUCAGAUGCCGGAACCUUUGGUUUCAGUCGGUGUACCGCGCCGGCAAUGCCAGGGUCCUUCCGGGGAGGAGCUGGGCGCGGCGAUGGCGGGGGCGCCUGCUCUGAAGCACUGGCGCACCACGCUGGAGCGGGUGGAGAAGUUCGUGUCGCCGCUCUAUUUUACCGACUGUAACCUCCGCGGCAGGCUCUUUGGGGAAAGCUGCCCAGUGGCCGCGCUCUCCUGCUUCCUGACGCCCGAGAGGCUUCCCUACCAAGAGGCAGUCCGGCAAGACUUCAGCCCGGCGCAGGUCGGCUACAGCUUCGGACCGACAUGGUGGACCUGCUGGUUCCGGGUGGAGUUGACCAUCCCAGAAGCAUGGGUGGGCCAGGAAGUUCACCUUUGCUGGGAAAGCGAUGGAGAAGGUCUGGUGUGGCGCGAUGGGGAACCUGUCCAGAGUUUGACCAAAGAGGGUGAGAAGACCAGCUAUAUCCUGACAGACAGGCUCGGGGAAGGAGACCUCCGAAGCCUGACCCUCUAUGUGGAAGUGGCCUGCAAUGGGCUCCUGGGGGCUGGGAAGGGAAGCAUGAUUGCAGCCCCUGAUCCCGAGAAGACAUUCCAACUGAGUCGGGCUGAGCUGGCCGUGUUCCACCGGGAUGUCCACAAGCUCCUGGUGGAUCUGGAGCUGCUACUGGGCAUAGCCAAGGGUCUCGGGGAGGACAACCAGCGAAGCUUCCAGGCACUGUACACAGCUAACCAGAUGGUGAAUGUGUGUGACCCUGCCCAGCCCGAGACCUUCCCAGUGGCCCAGGCCCUGGCAACCAGGUUCUUCGGCCAACGUGGUGGUGAAAGCCAGCACACCAUCCAUGCCACAGGGCACUGCCACAUUGAUACAGCCUGGCUUUGGCCCUUCAAAGAGACCAUAAGGAAAUGUGCCCGGAGCUGGGUGACAGCUGUGCAGCUCAUGGAACAGAACCCCAAGUUCAUCUUUGCCUGCUCCCAGGCACUCACUGGAGCCCAGAUGUUCGGCCCUGGGUGGGGUCCUCAUCACUCCUGGCUCAGGUCCCACCCAUCUGCCCCACAGGCACAGCAGCUCGAGUGGGUGAGGAACCACUACCCCGGUCUGCAUGCCCGGCUCCAGGAGUUUGCCUGCCGUGGGCAGUUCGUGCCUGUGGGGGGCACCUGGGUGGAGAUGGAUGGGAACCUGCCCGGUGGAGAGGCCAUGGUGAGGCAGUUCCUGCAGGGCCAGAACUUCUUUCUGCAGGAGUUUGGGAAGAUGUGUUCUGAGUUCUGGCUGCCAGACACGUUCGGCUACUCAGCACAACUCCCCCAGAUCAUGCGUGGCUGUGGCAUCAGGCACUUUCUGACCCAGAAGUUGAGCUGGAACUUGGUGAACUCCUUCCCGCACCAUACCUUUUUCUGGGAGGGGCUGGAUGGCUCCCACGUACUGGUCCACUUUCCACCUGGCGACUCCUAUGGGAUGCAGGGCAGCGUGGACGAGGUGCUGAAGACUGUGGCCAACAACCGGGACAAAGGGAGGACUAACCACAGUGCCUUCCUCUUCGGCUUCGGGGAUGGGGGCGGUGGCCCCACCCAGACCAUGCUGGACCGCUUGACGCGGCUGGGCAAUACCGAUGGGCUGCCCAGGGUGCAACUGUCUUCUCCGAAGCAACUCUUCUCAGCACUGGAGAGUGACUCUGGGCAGCUGUGCACGUGGGUCGGGGAGCUCUUCCUGGAGCUGCACAAUGGCACCUACACCACCCAUGCCCAGAUCAAGAAGGGGAACCGGGAGUGUGAGCGGAUCCUGCAUGACGUGGAGCUGCUCAGUAGCCUGGCCCUGGCCCGCAGCGCCCAGUUCCUGUACCCAGCAGCCCGGCUGCAGCACCUCUGGAGGCUCCUGCUUCUGAACCAGUUCCAUGAUGUGGUGACUGGAAGCUGCAUCCAGCUGGUGGCAGAGGAUGCCAUGUGCCACUAUGCAGACAUUCGUUCCCAUGGCAACACACUGCUCAGCACAGCAGCUGCGGCCCUGUGUGCCGGGGAACCAGGUCCCGAGGGCCUCCUCGUUGUCAACACGCUGCCCUGGAAGCGCACUGAAGUGCUGGCCCUGCCCAAGCCCGGCGGGGCCCACAGCCUAGCCCUGGUGACAGUGCCCAGCAUGGGCUAUGCUCCUGUUCCUGCCCCUACCUCGCUGCAGCCCCUGCUGCCCCAGCAGCCUGUGUUCGUAGUGCAAGAGACUGACGGUUCUGUGACUCUGGACAAUGGCAUCAUCCGAGUGAGGCUGGACCCGACUGGCCGCCUGACAUCCUUGGUCCUGGUGGCCUCUGGCAGGGAGGCCAUUGCUGAAGGUGCUGUGGGGAACCAGUUUGUGCUGUUUGAUGAUGUGCCCUUGUACUGGGAUGCCUGGGACGUCAUGGACUACCACCUAGAGACACGGAAGCCCGUGCUGGGCCAGGCAGGGACCCUGGCAGUGGGCACUGAGGGCGGCCUGCGGGGCAGUGCCUGGUUCCUGCUGCAGAUCACCCCCAACAGUCGGCUCAGCCAGGAGGUGGUGCUAGAUGUUGGCUGCCCCUAUGUCCGCUUCCAUACUGAGGUGCACUGGCAUGAGGCCCACAAGUUCCUGAAGGUGGAGUUCCCUGCCCGUGUGCGUUGUUCCCAGGCCACCUAUGAGGUCCAGUUUGGGCACCUGCAGCGGCCCACCCACUACAACACCUCCUGGGACUGGGCUCGAUUUGAGGUGUGGGCCCACCGCUGGAUGGAUCUGUCAGAGCAUGGCUUUGGGCUGGCCCUGCUCAACGACUGCAAGUAUGGCGCGUCAGUGCGAGGCAGCGUCCUCAGCCUGUCACUCUUGCGGGCGCCUAAGGCCCCCGAUGCCACUGCUGACAUGGGACGCCAUGAGUUCACCUAUGCACUGAUGCCACACAAGGGCUCCUUUCAGGAUGCUGGAGUUAUCCGUGCUGCCUACAGCCUCAACUUCCCCCUGUUGGCGCUGCCAGUCCCGGGCCCAGCGCCGGCCACCUCCUGGAGUGCCUUUUCCUUGUCCUCUCCUGCUGUUGUGUUGGAGACUGUCAAGCAGGCGGAGACCAGCCCAGAGAGUCAGAGCCGCGCCCUAGUGCUGAGGCUGUAUGAGGCCCACGGCAGCCACGUGGACUGCUGGCUGCACACCUCGCUGCCUAUUCAGGAGGCCAUCCUCUGUGACCUCCUGGAACGGCGAAAUCCUGCUGGCCACGUGCCCCUUCAGGACAACCGCCUGAAGCUCACCUUUUCUCCCUUCCAAGUGCAGUCCCUGUUGCUCGUGCUUCAGCCUCCACCAAACUGAGUCCCUAGGAGUGGGAUUUUGUUUGAAGGCUUUGGGGACUCCUCGUUGCUGCCUCCCCGAUGAGUCACGUCUUGCAUAAUAAACCCUUGGAUCAGGAGCCA